AUGCCUGCCAAACGCUGGUGCAGCUCCCCGCCCGCUGUGGAGCGAUGGGUCAGCGAGGACGGCGUCCCCUUCCACGUCCACCAGGAAGAUGGCAUCCGGAUCUGUGACGGCUUCCUGCUCGGGCACUGUCCCCGGAGGGAGAGCUGCCCUCUCCAUCACACCCGCUACCCCUUCCACUGGCAGAUCAGGGGGAGUGGAAGGGCAGCGUGGCAGAGUCUGAGCGACUCGUCUCAGCGUCACUUGGAGAAGCUCUACGGCGACGCUAAAAACGGCUUUGUGCGGUUCUUGGACAGGAACCGAUCGUUUGGGAUCCUGGACCUGGACACCAUGGAGCUGGGCUAUUCGGACGUGGUUAACAGAGUGAGGCGGCUGGCCAGCACCUCGGACUGGAAGCAGAAUCCCCGCUUCCACACCAGGUGGCAGGUGUACUGGAAGCACAGAGACACCUGGCAGCCUUACGAGGAGCCUGUUCCCCACGACCUCCUUGCAGCCUUUGAGAGGGGCUCCCAGGAACCCACCUUUCGGUUCCAGGGCCAACUCUACACCAUGGAUCCAAGGCCCCCUCAGCAGAGCACUGAAGGCCAGGGAUCUGUCCAGCCCAUCCAGAUCCAGCGCCGACCGGCCUACCGCUCCCUGAGCUGCAUGGCACGGUAUCUGCGGACAAUCCCUUGGGGCUCCCGGGGACUCUUCCAUCCUUCCACGUCCACCAUCCCCGGGGAGAGACCCACAGAUGGGUACUGUGGCCCGUACCCAGCCACCUGGGUUCCCCAGACACCCCGUGGCCAGGCCUUCCUCCAUGCAGAGGUGGCCGCAUCGGAAGCGGUGUACCGCGAGAUCUGUGAGCUCUUCCACGCGUCUGUCCCAGAGGACAUGGUGCUGGUGCUGAGGAUUUACAGGAUCCGGAACGAUGCACUCUGGAAAAAAUACAGCAGCCGGAAGGAGCGCAUGUCCAGCGGACUCUCGGCCCAGGAGAAGAGGCUCCUGGAGAGGCACCUCUUCCACGGGACCUCAGCCGACAACGUGGCGUCCAUCUGCAGGGAGAACUUUAACCCCCGUCUCUCCGGAAAGCACGGUGCCCAUUACGGCCACGGCAGCUACUUCUCUUCCUAUGCCCACUGCUCCCACAACUUCGCUCUGGCCAACCACGCCGGCCACCGCCACAUGUUCCUGGCCAAGGUCCUGGUGGGCAAGUGGGCGUUGGGGAGACCCGGGUACACCCAGCCCCCGGCGAGGGAGCCUGGCGGACAGUGCUACGACUCCUGCAGCGAUGAUGGCCAAGAGCCCGCCCUCUACGUGAUCUUCGACAACUCCCAGUGCUACCCCUACUUCGUGAUCUGCUACAAACUGCUCGGUGACCCCGUGACGCUGGACGGCGUCGGAGGAGCGGGUCUGUUGGCAGGGAACAGCUUCCCAGCGGGCAGGCUCACGCAGCCCAGCUUUUCCACGCUCUAA